AUGAAACUGACAAAGGGCUGCUACCGCAAUCAACGCAACUAUCUUGCCACACCGGGUGGGAAAGCCACUACCGGUAUGGAGAACGCUUGCCUUGAUAACCAAUUCUCUGCACCAUCGGGUGUAGACUCGAUGGGGAAAGAGAUGUUUGGAAAUAUCACCAUGGAUGAUCUCAUCAUUGGAUCGGACGCUUCAGCCGACACAGAGGACGAGACAAUCCUCGAGGACUUCUACAAUGACAACAUCACCACGCCAGGCCUCACCCGCUUUUCAGUAUGCAGUGCUGAUAUUGCCUACCGUGCCUGGGACUACGGCAGCAGCCCGGACACCGACGCCCUCAAACGGCCCACUAGUGACGCCUCCCUGACCGUAUUGGACCGCAUGCAGAUCAUGAAAAAUAUCGCGAAUACGAAUAGCAAAUGGGAGGUUGAGAACGCGAUCAGGUCGCAGCAUCAGUUCGUGCAGUAUGGCUCGUACGCGUUCUGUGUGCAGGGCAAGGGCAAGCACGGUAACAUUGACUUCCCUAUCGGCGCUCAGGAUACUGUCGGACUCGGUGCAACUACGGAGGAUUUACCACAGGAAAGUUUGGCCGCUUUUUAUCCGACCGGGAUUCCGGGCGACGAUGAUCCGCAGUUAGGCGCCUUGGCUGUUAUAGAUGAAGGGCAGACAGACUGGAAGAUCAUAGCCAUCGACGUCAACGAUCGGAUUGCAUCAAAACUGUCCGACGUAAACGAUGUGGAAGCUUUCUUACCAGGAUAUGUAAAAUCUCCAUAG